UUAUGGCUUAAUGUAAGUAAUUUUUACGGUUUAUUUGCUUCUAUAUAAACCCAUCUGAACUGAACCUUUUCUGGAAGUGAUUGAGAGUAGGUUUGUUUGUAGGAAAAAUGUUACUAAAAUUAAGGGUUUUGCUUUUGCUGGUCAUUUUGUUCAUUCAUGGUGAUGGUACUUCGGCCUCAGACCCUGACCCGAUUCAGGAUUUCUGUAUUCCGAACCCCAAAUUCGGUUCUAUAAGAACUGCUCAUCUCACCAUUCUCCCAUGCAAAAACUCCUCAGAAGCAACCUCAGAUGAUUUCGUGUUCUCGGGCUUAAAAGGCACUGGAAAUUUCACUGACACAGGCCUUGCAACAAUCCCUGUCAAUCCAGCAAUCUUUCCAGGGAUUAACACACUAGGCAUGUCAUUUGUACGAGCUGACCUGAAAGUUGGUGGGAUAAAUCCACCUCAUUUUCACCCUAGAGCAACUGAGAUUGCGUAUGUGGUGGAAGGAAGUGUUUAUUCAGGCUUUGUUGAUUCAAACAAUCGGGUUUUCGCCAGGGUGAUUGAGCAGGGCGAGGUGAUGGUGUUUCCAAGGGGCCUGGUUCACUUUCAGAUGAAUGUUGGUGAGAAGCCUGCUACAAUAUUUGCAAGUCUUAAUAGCCAAAAUCCAGGACUCCAAAAGAUUCCAACUGCUGUUUUUGGAUCUGGUAUCAAUGAGGAGCUGUUAGAGAAAGCUUUCGGCCUGAGUCAAAAGCAGAUUGGGAGUAUGAGGAGAAGAUUUGAUCCCAAAACAGUGAGCUAAAUUCAUGAUUGAAAAAGGUUGUCAUGGAAAAUAUGAAGACCAAGUUACAUGGCUUUGCUGUAGUAUAAUGAAGAUUAAAGAUUGUGUCUGUCUGUUUAUUUUAUAAAUUCUGUUCGUUUACACUGUCUUGCUUUGGAGCUGCAACUAGUUUCUCCUCUCCUCACUUUCACGAGUGUUUCACCCAAAGUUUUAAUUCAAUUUAGUUUUCUGUGGUUGAAAUUUGAACUUGAUUCAUGCAUAUUGGCCAAAAAAAAUCAGUUUUCUUGAAGAAUAACGAAAUAGUAUGAAUCUCUCUG